AGCGCGUACUUGCUGGCCCGAGCUUUCCUUGGCUGAUGCACCCGGCACCCGCGCGCGAGCAUCGCGUGCGGCUCGAGAUGGAGCUCCAGCGCCUGCGCGCCCCGUGCGCGCCCAUCGCGUCCGACAGCGACGCCUCCGACGACGUCUCUCCCGGCACCGCCGGGCCCGCCGUGGGGCGCAGGGGCACCUCGGCGGCGGCGCUGCUUGCGGUGGCGCUGCUUGCAGGCUCCGCUGCCCUCGCGGACCGCAGGCCCAACCCUGACGGCAGCAGGGUGAGCACGGGGGGCCUGCUGGGCCUCGCGGGUGCCAAAGCGCUGUACCCUGGGGCCACAAAGCCCUUCCCCGCGCACUGGGGCGAGCCGCCCAACGUGACAACCAGGGACUACCGGAAAUGGCCCGCAGGUUUCGGCCACGGAAGCGGCACGAUCGCGAAGUGGAUAGAGGGCAACCUGGCAAAAGACCAGAAGGCCGACUCUGCAGAUCCCACUUCAGAUGCCGCUCAGAUGGGCUCGCGUCUGUUUCCCGGGGCAUCGAAGCCCUUCCCGGCACACUGGGGUCAGCCUCCCAAGGCUGUGACGGAGGACAUUGUCGAGUGGCCUGGCGGCUACGGCAACGGAAGCGGAACGAUCGCAAAGUGGAUAGAGGGCAAUCUGGCCAACGACCAGAAGGCCGACUUGGCAGGUGCCGGCGCGAUCCCCACGGGGCUGUUCCCUGGUGCCACGAAGCCCUUCCCUGCACACUGGGGCGAGCCCCCUAAGGCUGCCACAAAGGACUUCGUCGACUGGCCCGAGGGGUACGGACACGGCAGCGGCUCGAUCGCGAAGUGGAUCCAAGAGAAUUUGGACAGGGACGAGCAGGCUACGCAAGACAGCGGUCAGCUUCUGGGCGGGCGGCGCGGCGGGCGCGUGAAGCUGAGCAGGGUGGACGUGACCCUGUCGGAGUCCAACGGCACCGUCUUCUACAGGCCCCACGAGGGCACCAAGUCCCCCAUCUAUCCGACCUACGUGUUCGACGGGCGCGAGUUCAACGAGAGGGUUGGGGAGCUCGGGAAAGGCUUGGAGGGUACAGUGGUAUUUUUCCUCUUCCACGAUUGUGCCCCUUUCUCUUGGGAAGCGAUUCCGGCAGCGUCAUCAUGGGAGUCUCCUGCCGAGCAGAGUGCCAUCGUAGAGCGCCGUCGCCUCCGCAGCGGCCGCAGCAGCGGCAAGGAUGAGGACGUUGUGCAGCAGGAGCCGGAAGGUGGAUUUCUAUAUCCCCAGACUGCGUGCAGUAUCACGAGCGUUGCGAAGCCAGGGGUCUCCGAGGAUGACGGUGACGUGAACCCGAAAAUGGACAAGGAGGCGAUGAGGGAACAUUUUGCCGCCAUGCGGGACAAGCUGCAGAACAUGUCGAGCCAGAUUGCGAGCAUCAUGUCAAGCCGCGCAGGAGAGGAUCCAGACGAGUGGAGCAAGAAAGUGGAGGAACGCAUCGCUCAGCACAGGAAGGAGCGCGGGUACGGCAAUCUGGACGCGCACGCGGUGGGCCAGCAGCUUGCGGAGGUCGCCCAGGGCCUCUCGAGCGCGAUGGGCAAGGCGGGCCUCUCCAACCAGCAGGCCGACGAGGCCGUGGAGUGAGAGGCGUGCGGCCUGCGCAAGCGGCCAGCGCGUGCCGGCCGAGCGCGCACCUUCCCGGGGCCUGGGAACGGCCAGAGCAAGCGCCUCUCUUUCGCAGAAUCGGGAGGGCCUUGGUCUUGGUCAAUACUGGGACCCGUGCGAUGGAGCGCGCAUCAGGCGUAGGCCAUCUAGGUGGGCCUAAAGGGCCCCCGGCGGCGCGUUUCUGAAUGACCGACUCGUGGUCGCCCCUCUGAAGAAGGGUUCUUGUUUUUUUGAGUUUGCCGUGCUGCCCUCCCGUCCGCUCUUCUUGCUCUCUCGUCUCUCCUGCGUGUCGUCGGCUUGUCGCCUUGGUCUGUUGGGCCCACGAACGGUGCCCCAGGCCCAAGGGUUCUUUCGCCCGGUCUCCCUCCAUUUGAUCGUCUGACGAGCCCAGCUUUGCAAGGACAGGUGUACGCGUCGCGGCCCUUUCGCGACGAAGCAAGUAUGGAUCAGGAGCGUUGGAGGCAGUGAGCGAGCAAUGACGAAGUCACGAGGAGGAAA